AUGUCCGCCGUCGCCUCCAGACCCACCUCGAUCGCCAACUCGUUCUACGAGUCCGAAGGCAGGCCAAGCAUCGAGCCCACCAACAAGACUACAGAGCUCGUUCGCGCUAUCGGCAGAGAGCGACAGAAUCUCGUCCCAUCCUUCCGUCCACCCAGCAACUGGUCGCAACGUUCUGGUCACCACGACGUCGUCUGGACCGGCGAACUAGGUCAGACAACUGACCCUAACGACGACCAGUUCUCUGACGCCGAGAGCUGGGAUGGCGAAACGCAGGCAGGCUCCCACUCCGCCACCAUCGGCAGUCACGAUGCCACUACAAGUGUGUACGAUCACCUACGUCCCACCAGCGUCGGGAGCUCCAUCUUUGCCGGACGCGGAGCUAAGCCCAACGGCAGGCGGAGAGAGGCACCACCGCCUCUUCCCAACAUACCCGCCUCAAGCCAAUACCCCCAGAAUGGCCAGUACCUCGGCAGCAACGCGGCUGGACUUUUCAGUCCCUCAGCUCAGAGCAUGCUCAGUCCACGAAGCGAUGCUAGCGGGUUCCAAAGCGGCAGUCAGUACAGCGGCUACGGUGGUAGAGACGAUGCAGCUGAUAAUGUCGACCUUGCCAAUGCGUUCGACAUGCAACCUGCAGCACAUAAGCCUCGAACUCCCAAGAUGACCUUCAACGACGAUCAAGACGACACUCUGGAAGCAGACCGAAGCCUACAGUCUCUCCCUUCCCGCAACUCGUCCAGGAUGCCACCCCCUAUCCCCGUCAAAGCAGCAUCCAGAAACAGCAAUGAGUCGCUGCAUCGUCAAGCUUCGACUUCGGCCUCUGGCACUAGCCCAAAUCCCUCCACUCGCUCCGUAUCGAAGAGUAGUCCAGUAAGACUGGCUGAUGGCACCCUCGUGCCCAAGAUGCCUCCAGUGCCACAAACCACCAAUCUGUCACGAUCACCAAAGGCCAAGACAUGUCGUGACCAUUCACCCAUCCUCUCCUUCGACGGCGGAGCAGCCGAGGAGGAAAAGAUGCUUGUUGCACUUCAGGACAAGCUCGCCAACGAUGCCCGCCGGAUCAGUACCCUCGGUCCGAAGGUUAAGAAGAACGCACCGGCCCCAUGGGAGCUCGGUGGAGAGGACCUUGCCACAACAGCUGGUCGUCCAUCUUUGCGUGACACCCUGUGCCCAAGUGCAGAGACGUUCGAAAAGCCCUUCUCUAGAUUCAAGUCAAGGCCAUCGGUUGAAAGCUCGCACAAUGGUGGUAGAAGCCCCCACCCUGCCCACGUCCCGUCAGGUCUCGGCAUGAGCUCCCAUCCGAGCAACGCAGAUUUGCUCGAGGAGGAAGCUCAGAAGGGGGGUGAUGCGACGUCCGUGUUUGCAACGCAGCGCUCACAAUCUAAGAGCGUCUCGAGUAGUGCUGUUGGUAUGUUGAAAGGUCUAGGUCUUGCUGGCGCAGCUGCACCCGCCUCCAAGAAGGGCAAGCUCACAAAAGCAUUGCGCCUUGUCGGCGGCGGUGGCAGCGGUGGUGGCAACGACGAUCGUCGACCGGCUUAUCCACAUUCUGCGCCGCUCGCGGAACUUCCUGCGGCAGCCAGCUUCAACCACGCCAGCUCGAGUCCCGUCCCUCCCAUGGACUUCGCAGCAGCUGACUUGCCUCAAAGCCGUUCGACCCGCACCAUCAACAACGCCAACUGCAUGCCACCAGUCACCAAGAGCCAAGCUGAUCUGGCCAACAUGAUCAUGUCCACCAAUGCCAAGUACAGAGACCAAGCUCGAUCACCGCUUAUUCCAUCGCCGAAGCAUGCCAACGGGACGCUGCCUUCCCCGCAUUUGGGCGGUGUGCGCUCUUUGGCAUACAAGGAAGACACACUGAGCCCGACGGACAGCAUCAGCUUCGCCAUUGAACAGGCACAACGCUCCAGCUCGUUUUCGUUGGAGCAAUCGCGAUCUCGCACGCCUCCCAUGCGUGAGAUGAGUGUCGCCUCACACUCUGAUUUCAGCGGCGAGGACUCGACACGAGGCACCAGCAGCCUGGAAGGGGAGAACGCGAUUGCAUCCACACCAGCAGAAGGCGAAUCGACUCCGGUCGGUAAGGCUGCAGCUGCGCGUGGCCGAGCUGGCUCGCCAACAGGUGUGCCUCAAGCUGGCAUGAUGUCAGCUUCGUUCAGUCAGACUUCGGGCAGUCUUCCGCUUCCCGGUAACAUCGAAGGCGUUACAUACAAGCUCAUCUCACUUGAACAAGCCCGCGAACAGGCGCGACAGAAGCAGUCUGAGUGGCUCGCAUCUUCCGGUGCGUCGAAUGCAAGCAAGACAUCACCUUACCUUGCAGCUGGCGAGUCGAACCACGACGCCCUCGCCAUGUUGAGGGAUCCUUCCAGCGAUGGUGGUCAGUCCAGCAUGCGCCUGCUCAAGAACAAGAAGAGUGGCUUCCUCAUGCGCAAGCUCAAGAAAGGGAAGGGCGUCAGUGUCGACUAUGACGGCCUCUCGACUUUCCCGCAGAGUGACAGCAGCAAGGAUUUUAGUCGAUCGAGCAAGUCGCCCAUGCCAUCAUUCUCGCUUCAGGAUGAAGAAAGCGACCAACUCAAACCUCUGAUCUUGACCGAGAAGCCUGCACUGCAGAUUCGGCCCGUCUCGUCGAUGUUCUCAGGCUUUGCGGCCGACCUCUUGGACGUGUCUGCACUUUCCGAGGGUCAUUUGCGCGAGGCUUCAGGUGGCUCUACAGCCAGCUCAACAGGGCUGCUUGCACCUCACAGUCCAGCAACACCUUCGUUCCGAACACCCUCGCCUGUCUUCUCAGAAGCCGGUCGCUUUGCUUCCACCUCGUCUCCGUACAAGCCCGAAUUGGCCGAAAUUCGAGCGACACCUCACGGAACAGACUUGCCCGGCCCCAGAGUGCCGGACUCUGCCAAUAGUAACUGGAGCGGUCACGGUGGAGCUAGCAGCAACAGUCGCUUACCCAGCCUCGACGCCGGAGCAAGCAACUCAGACAGCCAAUCGCAAUUCCACUCUCCUAUCAAUUCUCCCCUCACUCCUUUGUUCGAUCGCUCGGUUCAUCCACCUCCCAACGAUACGCCUUCAGAACCAGCAGCGGAGACAGAAGCUGCCACGGCAGCUCUCUCUCCACCAGCUAGCCCCCAGAUCCCCAUUCCAGAAGAGGUGCGUCAACGUGCACGAGAGAUCGAAGCUCAGAUCCAAGAACUUAGCAACGAACUUCACGACCUGCGUGUCAAGCAUGUCGGUCAAGGCACUGCGCCCAGCUUCAAACCCACAGAGGAGGUGGGUGAGAAGGAGAGGAGUGCUGUUGGCGAUUGUCCUGCCUGUGGCUGCGCAUGUGUCGAGCAGAGGAGACUGCAGAGUAUCAACGAGGCUGCCGUGCUGAAGGGCAUCAGUGUGCUGGACAGGGGGAGGGCGUUGAAGUGUUCGAAGAUGGGAGAUGUUGGCAAGUUUGGGGGUUACACGAAUCGCUGA